GUUUGCUUUAUUAGAGGGCCCCUGGUAGUGAGGGGUCCCCUGAGGCAGAGGGCCUCUGAUGAAUUGGGACAGGUGGCCUGCCUGUAUCAGCCUCUCAAUAGGCGUCUUUAGCUGAUGGCAGUCGUCGGUGCUGUGCCCUUGGUUGCGAUGGAACCGACAGUAAGGAUAAUUGGGGUUGAUGGCAUAUACCUCUAGGGGUGCGCGAGAGUCACUCUCCACUAGGCCCCUCUCCUCGGCAAAGUCUAGGAUGACACUGACGGGGUGUGUCAUGGGCAUCCGAGGGUGCUCCAAGAAAAUGGGCUGGGCCCAAGCCUUCGGGUUUCCCUUGUAACCUCCCCCGGGUUUGGCUUGGCCAUGUCGGGGGUGAUCACCGGGGGGUGCCGAACCCUUGGAUUGAUUAUGGGGAGCCCCCGGCCCCCAGUUGCCUUUGUCAUCUGGCCGAGGGUGUUGUUGAUCAGGGUUGUGAUGGCAUUUUCCCACCUCCUCAGCCUUGGCGUACCGGUCCCCCCCGCUGUAGGGCCCUUAUGUAAUCGCGGGGAGGCUCGAUGAUGAGGCUCCUUGAAAAAUUCCCGGGGCGGAGGACUGUUUGAAGGAGAGCCAGGAGGGUCCCAUCAUCAGCGUCGUCAACUUUAUCCGCCUCCGUCCUCCAGCGUUCCAAGAAGUCCCGAAGGGUCUCCUCCUUUCUUUGUCUCACCAUCAGCAAGUGGGAGAAAUGUUUUCUUGACCGGUGCCUUCCUGCAAACUGCGUCAAGAAACGUUGGGCGAGUUCCUGCCAUGAAUCGAUGCAGCAUUCGGGCAGUUGGUUGAACCAUUCGUAUGCUGGUCCCUCUAAGGUGGAGAGGAACCAACGGCACAAAUAUUCGUCCGAUGCCCCCACCAUCAUCAUACUGUUCUGAUAUAUGCUGUAAUGCUCCUGGGGAUCUGUCUUUCCUUCAUAGGGCCUGAUGGGUUGCCCCCGGUAUUUUUCUGGAAUUCGGGUCGCCAAUACCCUUGGGGUAAAUGGCGUCCUAGUCCGGAGUUGGAUGACGGGUUCCCCGGAGCCCUCGGCUAUUCUCUUUUGCAUCUCCUCCAUUUUGGCCAUCAUGGCCUCAUAUUUGGGAUCUGCAUGAGGGGUGGCGACGGCGGUAUGUGCUCGAUGGGCCUCCAUUUCAUCAAGCCGGUGCUGGAGGGCCGCAAUAAUCUCGUCCAUGUGAUCCUUCGGGAGGGCCUCCGCCCCCUGCGAAUGAACACGGGCCAAGUGGGCCUGGUUGAUUUGAUACCUUGCGUCAUCGGCAUGAAGUGGUGCCUUGCCUUUGUCCUGAUGGGGACGCCUCUCGUCUGCCCUUGAGACGGAUCCCCCACUCUCUUGGGGUCUUUGGGACGCCUUUCCACCGAGGCGGUCUUGGACCUCUCGGCAGUUUUGCGCUCCUCCGAGCCUCUUGAGGGCUGAGGUCCGAGGCCUUUCUUUGUUCGCACCACGUUGGUCUCGAGAUUGGACUUCCUGGGAGGCAGUGUCUUGAGCUACGACCCCUUCGUCGUUCCCCACCCGAGGGGUAGGGGUUCACAAAGGGGGGUGGACGUGGGAGAAGAACAGUGUUCUCCCCGAUUUGCGGUUGAAGGGGCACCAGAGUGCCGAAGGCACCUGGGUUUUGAGUGAGUGUUUGGAUGAAGGCAGAGAAUGCCGACUGUACGUCGAUAGUGAGAACCGGAUGGCUCACUUGAUUUUCGCUCUGGUCCCUCUUUCGGGUUUCGAUGCCAAGGCGGGCAUCGGGAGCGUUUUGCUGGAGCUGAAGGCGCAGGUUAACAACAGCCUGUUCCAACUCAGUGAUGACCCCGCCCUCGGGAGCCUUGUUAGAGGCUCCGGGGGCGUUGACUUCACCGAGGGCCACGUUGUUGUCCUCUAGGUUCUUGGACUGAGCACGGGUGGUUCUUCCCAUUUUGGUAGGUGUUUUGAGUUGAAGGCGAGGGUUUCUUACUUAAUUGUUUGACCUCUCAAUGAAAGCACCAAAUGAUGGAUAGUGUACCCGGGGGUAGCCUAUCCGAGGGGUUACUGCGGGAAGUAACUAGAGAGAAGUCAGAACAAAUAAGUAAGAGAGAUAAAGAGUUCAAGUGUAUAUUUGAAUUGUAUUGAGUGUUUGAGCGUGGUUUACAAAUGGGGAAAAAGGUGUUAUUUAUAGCAACAAUAAAUGCUAGAUAAGGACACGUGUCAGCAUUCUGGUGGUCGAGGGGUCACCUCAACCGGGGUGGCUGAUGUACUUAUAUUUUACACACUUUUUAGGCUUAGUUUGUUAUUAAUUUUAGUUAUUAAAAUUCUACUUUUGUACAUAUUUUUAUAAUUUGUCGUUAGUUUGUACUUGUGCAGUCCUACACGGGUAUUUUGUAUUUUCAGGUACUUUUGAUGCUAUUUGGAUACAUUAGAGUGAACAAAAGAAGAAAAAUAAAAGUUCAAGUUAGAGGUCAAUAAAAGUGGAAUUUCCUUCAAAACAAAUAAGGAGUAAAUUGAAGAAAAGAAUCAAAACUAAAAAUGCUGGAGGUGGGAUUCGAUCCCUGGAAAUAGGGUAGAAGAAUGCCUACUACAACCAGUGUGCUAAGUGAUCAAUGUUGCACAUAUUCAGCUGGCAAUUGUUAUAUUCCUUCAGAACGCGGCAAAGAAAAGAACAAAAUGAUGAAGCCGAGAAUCGAUCCCACGAUCUCCGAGUUUUCCUCUGAAGUGCUUAUCCGUUGAGCUACUUGUCACUUUUGAAACUUUACUGCGCUUUGUUGUACAUAAACUCAUCUGUUCCGUAAAUCCCAACAAUUAAUGAUUAAUCACCUUAUCAUUAUAUUGCCUUAAUCCAUCUUCCUCCACACAUAAGCUCGGACCAACCUCUCUCUAAACAUCCCAGAAACAUUUCCUCCUCCUUCUCUCUUCAUUUCUCAACCCCAAAUCAUCAACCCAUCUUCAACCAUAACUAAUCACUUUCUCAUCCAAGAUUAAGUCAAGAUUAGCAUCAAAGCUCCAAGGAUUGUCAUCAAUCACAAGUAGGGGUGUGCACCGGUCCAAAACCGGACCGGAUCGGACCGGAACCGGAAUCAUCAUUUUCUAUGGACCGAAGACCGAACCAGAAUCUAACCGGUCCGGACCGGUUCGGACCUGAAUUUUCCGAUCCGGUCCGGUUUUGGUCCUAACUGACCCGGUUUUAGAAAAGCCAUAUUAUCUUAGAGUGAUGUUAACCAAUCCCAAUUUUUUUCAAGGAAUACGGCUUGGAUGUUGUUGUUGUUUCAAACUAUAAUUUUAUGUGCGGAUAUGCUAAAUAUGCUAAAUAAUUGUUUAGCUCAUUUAUUAGUUUUGGAAUAUAGUCAUCAAAAUUAUUCAGUCGUAACAAUUAGUUUCCACAAUAAUUAAAACUACAAUCUUUUGUGUAUAUUAAAAUGGCAAAAUGUAUUGUAGAGUAAUAAAAACUAAAUUACGUCCAAAAAUAUAUUACGUAUAAACUACAUGCACACAUGCAAAUAAAGAAACAAAUAAAAAGCAAUUUGAAAAAAUCAAAUAAAUAUAACCUACGAUCAUAGUAGUGCACACCUUCACAUAAAUAAACAAAUAAAAAACAACUUAGGAAAAAAUUAGACACCAAAUACACACUCCGUAUAUACUCGUUUAUAUAAUAAAAGACAAAAGUAAACCAUAAACAUAAUGACUAAUGAUACAGAAUGAAGUAUAUAUUUUACGGAACAAUAGUUUACUGGUUCAUUCCGGUCCGGAUCUGUUUUUUCCGGGUUUGACCCGGACCGGACCGGAACCCGGAAUCUUGAAAAACUAAGGACCGAAACCCGGACCGGUUAAUACCGGUCCGGUCCGGUCCAGUUCAUUCCGGUCCGCUUCCGGUCUAAAAUACGGUCCGACCCGGUUAAUGCACAGCCCUCCUACUUGCAGGUGUUAGUAUGGACGUGAGGAACUUUGCUAACCUUAAGAAGAAGUUGGCCAAGGAGCCAAAUAAGAAGGAGACGGGAACACAAAAACCUGUCGAUGAAUUCUUCCAAAGGGACGAGGGGCCCUCCUCGGCUAUCCCUGCUGCUGUUGGUGGAGCCGAGGCCGGAGGCGACGGAAUUGCGGCUACCAAGAGAAAGGCGGUGGGCAAAACUGUCGUGCCCGCCGGCAAGAAGCUGAAGAAAGGGGAUGCCGGGAAGAAGGCUCCCCCGGUGCUGAUCGUGGAUGAGCACUCCUCGUCCGAGCCUUCGGUUGUGGCGGCGACGACCCCCUCCAAGCCCCUUUCGGUUGAGGUGGGCAUCCCUCGGGAGAAUGUGCAAUUCUCCCUCGUUAAGGGAACCGCCAUCAUGCAUGGCACGGUGGACCCCAGGGAGUUCCUGAAGGGUGCCACCCCCGAGCUGGAUAGGGCAUUCCUGAGCCGGCUAGAUGAUGAAGCCCUCAAUUCUAAGAUUCUCCGGUCUUCCCUUACGGCUUGCAUUUCCCUCGGCGAGCAGGUCCGGAGGGUGGAAGGCUUGUGCCUUCAGAAAGCGCAACAGGACGAGACUUUGAAGAAACUCGUCCAUGACAAUGCUGCCGCCGUUCGGGAGAUGGCGAGGCUGGAGGAAACCCUUCGGCAAGAAAGGGUUGCAGCGGAAAAAGCUAAGGCAGAGGCUAGAGCCGAGGGCAUGGCCGAGGCUGAGAAGACUGCUGCAGAGGCUGCCAAAAAGGCUGCCGAGGCCGCCAAGGAAGGGGUCGUUGCCAAGGCCCGAGAAGACGCUGUUGCUGCUGAGGGGUGGAACGCUGAGGACCGGAAACGGUGGCUGGUCUUAGUUGUAGAAGCCUCUGUUGACGAAUGGAAUACCGGCCCCGACGCAGAAUGGUUGGCCUGGAAGGGCAAGGACUAUUAUGAAGGGGGCGAGUUCUUUACUCAAGCCCUCGUCUAGAGGAGGCUUGCUCGGCAUUUAGGGAUGGACCCAAAGGCAUUUGAUCUGGCAGCCUACGGCCUUCCCCCUCUCCAACCAGAUGUUC